UCCUGGGAUGCAGCUUCCUGCUCCGUUCCUUCCUGUGUGCCGCUAUCUCUAGAAAUGCCUCCUUACACCAUCACCUACUUCCCUGUCAGAGGGCGAUGCGAGGCCACGCGGAUGCUCCUGGCUGACCAGGGCCAGGAUUGGAAGGAGGAUGUAGUGACCAUGGACAUGUGGAUGAAGGGGGACCUCAAGGCCAGCUGUCUCUACGGCCAGCUCCCCAAAUUCACAGACGGAGACUUGACCCUGUACCAGAGCAAUGCCAUCCUGAGAUACCUGGGGCGCAAAUAUGGGCUCUAUGGGAAGGAUGAUCGAGAACAGGCUCUCUUGGAUGUGGCCAAUGACGGGUUGGAGGACCUCAGGCGCAAGUACCUUGGCCUCAUCUACCAGAAUUAUAUCUCUUUCGCGGAUUACAAUCUGCUGGACCUGCUGUUGGUUCACCAGACAUUGGCUCCCCAGUGCGUGGAUGACUUCCCCUUACUGUCUGCCUAUGUUGCUCGUCUCUCCUCCCGGCCCAAGCUCAAAGCCUUCCUGGCCUCACCCCAGCACACUGGUCUCCCCAUCAAUGGCAAUGGUAAACAGUGAGGGCUCAGGCCUGACCCUUGUCUGGCAAUAAAAGCUUUCAAACAAAAAAAAA